UUAAAAAAAAAUUAUUUUUUCCUAUAAAUACAGAGUGAACAAACAACGGUUUCAGAGAUUCAGUUGUGGUGUUUUUGUCUAUCUACCUCCUCUCAAGAAAACUAAACCAAAUCUUCGGAGAAUUUCUCUCUCUCUCUCCAUCUGGUUUAUAAAUGGCUCGCAAGAAGAUCAGAGAGUACGAUUCCAAGAGAUUGUUGAAAGAACAUUUCAAGAGGAUCUCUGGCCGUGAUUUGCCGAUCAAAUCAGCUCAGAUUAAUGAAUCAACUGACUUCAAUGAGUUAGCAAACAAGGAGACUUGGCUUUCAUCUUCCAAACUGGUUGUAAAGCCUGACAUGUUAUUUGGAAAGCGUGGGAAAAGUGGUUUGGUUGCUUUGAAUCUCGAUUAUGCUCAAGUUGCUACUUUUGUCAAGGAGAGACUUGGCAAAGAGGUCGAGAUGGGUGGAUGCAAAGGACCCAUUACGACAUUCAUUGUUGAACCUUUCAUCCCUCACAAUGAGGAGUUUUACCUUAAUAUUGUCUCCGAAAGACUUGGAUCUAGCCUUAGCUUUUCCGAGUGUGGAGGAAUUGAUAUUGAGGAGAACUGGGAUAAGGUCAAAACUAUAUUUGUUCCAACUGGAGCAACUUUUACGUCAGAAGUAUGUGCUCCACUAGUUGCAACCCUUCCAUUGGAGAUCAAAGCAGAAAUUGAGGAGUUCAUUAAAUCUGUUUUCGCUCUAUUUCAAGAUUUGGACUUCACUUUCCUAGAGAUGAAUCCUUUUGCACUUGUUGAUGGAAAGCCAUAUCCUUUGGAUAUGAGAGGCGAGCUGGAUGACACUGCUGCUUUCAAGAAUUUCAAGAAGUGGGGCAACAUUGAAUUUCCGAUGCCAUUUGGAAGAGUCAUGAGUCCUACUGAAAGCUUUAUUCAUGGGUUAGAUGAAAAGACUAGCGCAUCAUUGAAAUUCACAGUUCUGAAUCCUAAGGGAAGAAUCUGGACUAUGGUAGCUGGAGGAGGUGCAAGUGUCAUAUAUGCAGACACGGUUGGAGAUCUUGGCUAUGCUAAUGAACUCGGAAACUAUGCUGAAUACAGCGGUGCACCCAACGAGGAGGAGGUACUGCAGUACGCAAGGGUUGUCAUUGAUUGUGCCACUGCUGACCCUGAUGGCCGCAAGAGAGCCCUGGUCGUUGGAGGUGGAAUAGCUAACUUUACUGAUGUUGCUGCCACAUUUAAUGGCAUAAUCAGAGCCUUCAAAGAGAAGGAAUCAAAACUUAAAGCAGCAAGAAUGCACAUUUAUGUGAGAAGAGGAGGCCCCAACUACCAGAGAGGUCUUGCGAAAAUGCGGGCACUCGGAGACGAAAUUGGCAUUCCUAUUGAGGUACUACUUAUAUUAUUACUAUCUAAUCUGCAUUCUGAAACAUUUUAUAAAGUGAACAUGCACAAGAACUCUGAAAUUUGUUAUUCUUUUUGUGUUGUGUUAUAGGUUUACGGGCCCGAAGCAACGAUGACUGGCAUAUGCAAAGAAGCAAUUCAGUGCAUCACUGCUGCUGCAUAAGCUUCUAAUUCUUAGGAUGUCUUCUUCCCUCUGUAUUCUUUCCACUACGUUUUUUAUUUCUUAAAUUUUUGUGUCGUUUUAACUUUCGUUGUACUGAAAACCUCAGAAGAAUCAAAAUGUAGUUUUUAUUAUAUCCAUGAGUCACCAUUAAUGGAGACCCCUGGAAUCGAUGUAUCUGUUUCACGAUAAUAAAGAUUUUUAAGUGGGAAUUGGUUAAUGUUA